CUACACUGUUCCACCGUUGUGUGAACAAUUGAGGCAUGCUUUCUCAUGCAUAAGCGUGGCGUUGCUGACUGAUCAGUUCACUGGAUGGCCUUUUCAACCCCCCCCGGAAAUCUUACUGCAUCGAAUGACGUGGCGAGGCUGCGAAGGUUGUAAUCUUCAAAACGGGUCUCGACAUCAGCUCUGUAUGUGUCUCAUCUAAUUGAGCUACUCAACCUAGCACCAAGGUAUUAGAGUCUUGAGAAUCCCCGAGCGAUUCCCUCACGAGAGUGACUUGUAUCGCGAUUUUACUCAAAACAUGAAAAGAUCAUCAUUUCCAGACCAAAGGCGACAUGGCCAAUCUUCUCGUUACUCAACCCCAUACCGUCCUUAUGACAGCAGCCAGAGAGAAGAACUCAGAGCUACUGCACAAGAGACUUUAGAUAUCUCACGUACUCUGCUCAAAGAACUGGGAACAAACGACUUGGCGAGACAUUCCGUCAAGUACUCUUUUGACUCUCUUACUCGACUUCACCCUGGUCACUGUCCGUCAUACAGACAGCCUGCUACCAUAAAGGUCAUCAAUGAUGAUACGCUCAAUGCUGCCAUCGAACUCUGCCACAGAGCACAAGGCCGUGAUACCGGACCAAACAGUCAGCCUCCUAUUGUUGUCAACUUUGCAAAUCGUCACUCUCCCGGUGGAGGAUGGCUCAACGGCGCCAUGGCCCAAGAGGAGGCACUCUGUUAUCGCAGUUCCCUAGCCUUGAGUCUCAACAAAAAGCACUACCCACUCGAGAGAGACGAGGCUCUCUACAGCCCCUACGCACUCCUCAUGCGCGAUGAUCUAUCAUCGGGCCAUGAGAUAUCUACACUCCCUGCAAGAGAGCUCCCCGUGGUGAGCGCCCUGACUGUGGCUGCCCUUCGAAGUCCACCUGUGCGUCUCUUCACAAAUGAGCCACGCAAGGAUAGACCGCGCAGAUCCAGCUCUGAAGUAUUUGAAAAGCGUGUCUUUGCCAAUGAUCGAGACCGCGAUAUAACAAAGGCUAAAAUGAGACUGUGUUUGCGUAUGGCGGCUAGACACAAACAUGACAUGCUCGUGCUUGGUGCUCUGGGUUGUGGAGUCUACGGCAACCCACCAGAGGACAUUGCUCAUUGCUGGCUGGAAGUACUGAGAGAAGACGAGUUUUCAGGAAAUUGGUGGCGGGAGGUAUGGUUUGCAGUCUUUGACCCAAAGAACGAAGGCAAUUUCGAGAUAUUCCAUCAAGUGCUUGACGGGAGGCAAGUUUAGACUCGACGGCUUGAAUGAGAGAGUCAGCGGGUCUUUCAUUGUAAGACCUACCUUGCUGUCUGCACUGGUUCUUGUAGUGUUGGUGUCGAGCUUGGUCUGCUCUGCAUAUUCAGUUUAGUUAUGUCUUUGAUAUCUAAGAUGGCUAUAUAUUUGGCGAAAUAUACUACCUUAUGAUACUGGCAUUCUUUCUUCAUACCUAGUUCUGCUGGUUAUUGUAUGUAUGCUUUAACUUUCAAGUAAUUUAAACUAAACUCUCUUAUAAUCUGGCUAAUACAAAAGUCAAGCACUAGCUUUACCUUAACAUAGAACUCAUAACGAAGACAGCCAGCGUCUCUAUAUCCUCCUGCACCGCCGUUAUUGCAAGACUUGUAGUUAGCACGCAUAAGACUAUAGCAG